UACUGUGCGCCACUGAUGCAGGGGGAUCCAUCAUGGCGUCGAUGCAGAAGAGAUUACAGAAGGAACUGUUAGCCUUGCAGAAUGAUCCGCCCCCUGGAAUGACUUUGAAUGAGAAGAGUGUACAGAACACCAUCACACAAUGGAUUGUGGAUAUGGAAGGAGCCCCCGGUACUAUCUACGAGGGGGAGAAAUUUCAGCUUCUUUUUAAAUUUAGUAGUCGUUAUCCCUUUGACUCACCUCAGGUAAUGUUCACAGGAGACAACAUACCUGUCCAUCCUCACAUUUAUAGCAAUGGCCACAUCUGCCUGUCCAUCUUAACAGAAGACUGGUCACCGGCUCUUUCAGUGCAAUCUGUCUGUCUUAGCAUUAUUAGCAUGCUGUCUAGCUGCAAAGAGAAGAGACGGCCUCCUGAUAACUCCUUUUACGUACGGACGUGUAAUAAAAAUCCAAAGAAGACAAAGUGGUGGUAUCAUGAUGAUACCUGUUAAUAUGAACUUUCUAGAACUGGAUGAAAGAAGUUCUACUGUCCUAUUAAAGCACUUUUUUUAAAAAUCGUAUGGUCUCUGAACUUCAACCUUGGCCUCAAACCACAAGCAUGGACUCAGACCACAAUCAUGGGAGAGGAUCUCAUCUGCGUUACCCAGCCAGUUGGAUGCAUGUUUGGGAAACAAUAGAUGAAGAGUGUAAAAUGUAUUUUAAAGUGGAUGGAAUUAGACCCAUCAUGGGUUAGUGUGGAGAAAAGAAAAGAUUUAUCCAAGAAGGAACUCUUUGUAGUGAGAUGAUUUCUGUCUUGGACCACACGUGUUCCUGUUAGUUUUUUACCGCAGGUAAGUUUUAAGGUCCAAAUGUCUCAUGCAAUAACAAUGAAAGGUGCAUAGCCGGGCCAACAAUGACAAAUCAAAUCAAAAUGUUGAGAAUUAAGAAAUCUAAAACUAGUCUCAAUCGCUUUGCUUUCCUCUUUGUUUUUUAUUGUAACUGAAAUGAUAUGCACUGUGAAAUGAUUCAAGAUAUGUUCACAGAAAUAGCACACCACUUCGGGGGGUAGGAUUUCUGGUGCUUCACUGUAAAUAGCUUAAUUUAAAUAUGGUACUUUUUUUUUUUUUAUCUCAUUUAUCUUUUUAAGUUCUGACAUCAUGGCAAAUGGUUACAUAAUUCAUGCUGUUUGGGCUAAAUGUGUCCUUGAGCAUCCUAACAAAGUAAACCUUGAUCAACCACGCCCUCAUAUUUACCUCUACUUGGUCAAAUAGGGUCAUCCCUUUGUUCCAUAGUUUUGCCUUUGGCAGAUUAAAUCAAAGGUUACCCAGUAUAUUGAAUGUGGGCAAGAACUGUCUGUGUUGUGUUCUGUUUUUAAUAUUGACCUCUCAACUGAAAUCUCUUUUAAAGUUCAAUUUUAAAACCAUUUUCUUCCACGUUAUUCCUUUUUUUCACUCUUUAAAUUAUUUUUGUCGUGCUUUUAUUAAAUGGUGCCAGUUAUGAACAAAGGUUAUAUAUUUUGUUCUAUAUAACCUCCAAUAGCUGAUAAUGGAAAUCAUUGUGAUUUAUACAUUCUGCAAGGUAAACAUUGAGAGUUGAUUCUCCUGGUCAGUUGAGUCUCUCUGGUUAAGGUAACCUUUUCAAAUACAAAUCAAACCAUCUUUAAAAGAUGUAUUUUCCAUUUAAUUAGCCUAUAUUUACUUCUAAAGGACAGUUUAGGGGGACAUACAAUACUUACUGUAUAUGUCAGAUUUGAUGCUUACUGUAUAGCUCUUAAAAUUACAAGUGAAAUUUGUUAACUUGGCAGCAUGGUCAAUAUUUUAAUAAUGUAAUGGCAGAGCACAUAUUUGAUAAUAGUUGUGUCCUCUGCACUUUUUUGCCCCUCAAAAUUAUUAUUUUUUCUCUCCUAUUAACUGUUAUUAGGAUCAAAGAUUCUUUGGUUACAUAUAUUUUGUGUUUGCUGGGAUAAAAAAAGCCCCCGUAAGAUAUUCUGUCCCCAACAAUUGUAUAUGUUUGAUGUUCAUUCUCUAGUUGCUAAUGUGAGAUUUCACACUGUUAAUUAACUUCAUACACUCCAAAGAUGUAUUUCUUAGCAAUCCAUUCAUAAGUACUUGAAUAUUCAAAACUUGGUUGGCUUGUCUCCAUUUCCAUUGGCUGUGGUACAGUGUACUUCGACUUCCAAGUGAAUGUGUUUGUGUAGGAAAAAAUGGAGAUGGCCAUAGCUUAACCUCUGCACACAAUAUAUAUGUUAAACAUAUAAUUGUCAUUACUACUAAAGAAUAUGUGUACAAAUUGCAACAGGGCUAAAACAAAUGUGUGAUUGGUGGCUGAGAAUAAUUGUGACACCUGUCGUCAUGAGAGGUCAAUAAGUGUAGACUUUUUUUUUUGUUAAUGAAUGGUUCUAUUUAAGUUUUGGUUUGCAAGUUGUAAUGAAAAUGAAUCAAAAAAAUAUUUUUAUUGUUUUUGCUAUGUAGAAAUAAUGUAAUUUGUGCCUGUUAAUUUAAGGAAUAAAAACAGGUUUUGAGUCAUUGUUAUUACUUUACACAUUGCAUGACCACAUGAUGAAGAA